GCUCGCCUUCAUCGUCGGAAUACCUGCAUCAACAGGCUGUCCAGCCAUCUCAGCAAGCUCGGCUACCUGGUAUUUCAAACUUCAUGAAGGACUCUCAACUUUCCGUGAAACCAGCUGCAUAUUACUGUAGUCCAACGAUGAACGAUUAUCGAGUGGAAAAAGUGGCCAACACACUACUAGAUCCAUAUGUUCAACUUGACCAACCGACCUAUGCGGACUUCACUAAUGCACAGGUACUGAACCAUCAGCAAGAAAUGCUCCAGAUGAACUUCCCAACACCAUUAUCCACAAGUUAUAUGAAUACAGCACAAGUCACACAGACACAUCAAAUGCCGUUCAAUAUUUUUGAAUUGAACCUUUCAAACUUCGCAACAUUCCAACCAGCCUGUGACACUCCCCUUCCACUUCUCAACAGCUCACCAACGCAUCCAUACACAACAAUGUCAAACUUCACACCUCCACCGCAAGACCCGCUUGUCGCCGAGCCGAAGCCGAUGAAAAAAAGAAUGGCAGCUGUACAAUGUCAUCAAAAUUCCAUCUGCUCAAAUUGCAAAACACGUGAGACGACGCUGUGGCGACGAAAUGGAGAAGGAGGUGUCGAGUGCAACGCCUGCAAUCUCUACUUCCGGAAAAACAACCGAAAACGUCCACUGUCUCUUAGAAAAGAUGGAAUUAUGAAGAGAAACCGACGUCCUAGAAAUGAGUCUCCAAACUCUGCAAUCAGGAAUACCCAUCAGAGACAUGGACACGCAGCUGCUUGUUGAGCAAUUUUAGUUGUCUAAUUUCCCAAUUAUUUUUUUGAUUUUGAAUCAAUCAGUUUUCGAAUUCAAUGUACACAAUAAGCUUCUCCGAAUAUGCCAAAUUUCCGACGAACCUCCCACGACUGAAACUUGAUACCUAUCCUCUGUAACCUAGUAGCUCUGGUAGAGUAUCUUGCCAUUCGCAAUGAUCUAAUCUCAUUUUCUCUCAUUCUCUAUUAAAACCCACAAAAUAACUGAAAAAAAAUAGAAACAGACCACCAUGACUGUGAUAUAGCGUGGAAUGCCUCUCUCUCUCUCUCUUCUGAAAAUCGGAAUAUACAAUUUUCAUCAACUUUGAUUUUGAUCUGCUACUGGUAUCGAACCAAAUCAUCAAUAAGACAAUAAUCAAUCAAUUUUGCUAACUGUUCAUGUUUCAUAAUUAGUAGGCAUAACAUUCAAUAUUUUGUUUUUGACUUAUUCUUCUUUGCUAAUAAUGAAGUAAACCUUGAUGUGAACUAAAAGUUU